AUGGCGCUGCAGACGGUAACGUUUCCAGUGAUGUCGAUAGUCAAGAUACACUUGAUUAUCAACUGCGUUCUCGUCUUCAUAGCCCUCUUCAUAGUUGGCCUUCGGCUCUUUGCACGAUUCAUGUCUGGCGCGAAGCUUUGGUGGGAUGAUUAUUUAAUCCUCUUUUCGGUGCCCCAGGGCGUUGGCAUGCUCGUUAUUCAAGGACUUUAUUCGCCGAUGGGAGUUGGCCGUCCGCUUACCGAGACGAUGCCGAAUCUAAUCAUCAUCUUGCAGUUGACGCUCUCGUAUGCGCUGAUAUACACAUUAUGCAUUACCACUGUGAAACUCAGUGUUCUCUUUUUCUAUCUCCGAGUUUUCCCAAACAAACACAUGCGAGUUGCGACAAAGAUAGUGAUUGCGUUCAUCAGCGUGUGGGCGUUGGCUAACAUCCUCAUGUUCUUCCUGCUCUGUCAUCCUUUUGCGGCGAGUUAUAAUCCUGCCAUACCCGGAGGCAAAUGCGGAAAUCAAGUCUCAGCAUUCAUCGCAGUCGGCGUCUAUAAUAUUAUAAGCGACUUUGUUGUUCUCACGCUUCCGUUGCGAACGAUAUGGACGCUGAACACGAGAAAACAGAUGAAGCUUUCGCUCACGGCGAUCUUUAUGGCUGGUCUAUUGGUUUCCGCCGUCGCCGUUGCUCGAAUCAUCACCCUAACACACCUAGAACUAGCGAAUAUAACAGGCACUAUGGUGUGGGUAGAUUUCCUUUCGACACUGGAAGUCAAUCUUGGUAUCAUCUGCGUGUCAUUACCCAUGCUGGGCCCCUUUGUUACGAGAUGGAAUAAAACGCGAGGGGCGAGCAAAUUGGGCAAUUAUAACCAGUCUGAGCGAUCAGGGCAGUCUGGUUCGAAGCUUUCCAGCCGAAAAAGGCAACCAGGUCCCGACACAAUCGCCCUGCAUUCAAUAUAUGACCAUACCGACGACACAAGCCAUACCGCAACUGCGUUUGUGCCAGAGGAACAAAGCCCGAGUGCAAGCGAGACGAAUCUAAAUCCUCAAAAAGCAUCUUCCGCGCUGGACGGCGUUGGUGCAAACCGUAUUAUCGUCGAAAGCAGGUGGGAGAUCAAGCGCUCUUGA